AAUAAGUCCAGCUUCAUCACUUGACGCAUGAUAUCCUGUGCAUUAACUAUGGCAUCUCAAGAUACAAAAACCCCGGUCCAGCCCAAACGCGGCGUAACAGACGAUCCGCUUGUUUGGAUUGAUUGUGAAAUGACCGGGUUGAACCCCGAUACCGAGGAAAUCAUUGAAAUUUAUUGUCUGAUAACGACGGGCAACCUCGAGCUCCUGGAUGAAGAAGGCUAUCAUGCAAUCGUGCACUUUCCCAAGUCACGCCUCGACCAGAUGGAUGAGUGGUGCACGAAAACCCACGGAAAUUCUGGCCUCACUGAAGCAGUGCUGAACUCGACAACAACGCCACAGCAGGCUGCCGAUGGACUGUACGAGUACAUUGCCAAGUAUAUUCCGGAGCAACGCAAGGGCCUCCUCGCCGGGAACAGCAUCCACGCGGAUCGCACUUUUCUGCGCAAGGCACCGUAUGACAAGGCGUUGGACCACCUGCACUAUCGGUUGCUCGACGUGACAACCAUCAAGGAGGCGGCACGGCGGUGGGCGGCGCCCAAGGUCUCCAAGAAGGUCCCCAGCAAGAAGGGCACGCACAAAGCUAGAGACGACAUCCUCGAGAGCAUCGAAGAGGCGAAAUACUACCGCAAUGUCAUUUUCGGGCGUACCUUGGAAUAAUUGGCAGCGGUAUCAAAGCAGAGACCAACAGAAAACUCUGGAAAGCAUUCAUUGGGCGCCAUGCAGAAAAUAUUGUCCCAUGUGCAGCAAGAUCAUCAAGCCGUUGGCCUAGUCUGCAGCUGCCAAGUCUCGCCAGGACCACAAUCGCACUGUGUUCAAGGCGAGCGUGUCGGCAGACUGGACAGUGUGUCUCUAGGCGUGCACUGUUACCCCUCCAUCCCCCCCACCCGACUUGAACCUUGGGGACUGGAGCUCCCCUUGUUGACCUUCCCUCCUCCGCCUUGC